AUGGCGGAGGCUAAACAGGAGGUCUUCCCCUCCGAAAGCCCACUCCAGGAGGAAUACAGCAAAGGUGAUGUGACUACUGCAGAGGAGGGUGGUCUAUCCGACCCUAACCAUGUCGACCUUCACCGUGCACUCAAGGCGCGACACAUUACGAUGAUUGCUAUCGGAGGUGCCAUCGGCACAGGACUGAUCAUCGGAACCGGCGAAGCUCUCGCAAAGGCUGGACCCGCCGCUAUUUUGAUUGCCUACGCCUGGGUGGGAUUCAUCGUUUACCUCGUGAUGUGUGCGCUUGGAGAAAUGGCUGCUUGGCUUCCACUGCCAUCCGGAUUCACAGGCUACGCGGUGCGAUUCUGUGAUCCGGCACUUGGAUUUACCUUAGGCUGGACGUACUGGUUUAAGUAUAUCAUCCUUUCGCCGAAUCAACUUACUGCCGGUGCUCUCGUCAUAUCAUACUGGAUUCCUGCGGAAAAGGUCAAUCCGGGCGUAUGGAUCACCAUCUUCUUGAUUGCUAUUAUCUGCAUUAACUAUUUCGGAGUCCGUUUCUUCGGUGAAUUCGAAUUCUGGUUGUCUUCUUUCAAAGUCAUCGUCAUCCUGGGUAUUAUUCUGCUUUCGUUCAUUCUCAUGUUGGGCGGAGGUCCGGAUCAUGACCGCAAAGGAUUUCGGUACUGGAAGAGUCCCGGAGCUUUCAACACCUAUAUUGAAACUGGAAGUGCAGGCCGAUUCUUGGCAUUUUGGUCUACGAUGGUAUCCGCUACCUUCGCUUAUCUCGGAACAGAACUUGUUGGUGUGACCGUUGGUGAAGCACAGAACCCAAGGAGGACAAUUCCCCGGGCGAUCAAGUUGACCUUCUGGCGAAUCUUGGUCUUUUACGUGCUGUCAGUUCUGCUCGUCGGUACCUUGGUCCCGUACAACGACAAGAAGCUCGCCUUUGCCAUCGGCGCCAGUAGCUCAGCUGCCGCAUCGCCGUUUGUUGUGGCUAUCGAGCUCUCCGGUAUCCCCGUGCUCUCCCACAUUAUCAACGCAUGCAUUCUGCUCUUCGUGUUUUCCGCUGCAAACUCUGAUCUUUACAUCGCAACUCGCACGAUCUACGGCCUGGCCCGCGAGAACAAGGCUCCUAAGAUUCUUGCUCGGACUGACCGUCGUGGAGUACCCGUCUUUGCCCUGGGAAUUUCCUCGGUGUUCGCACUUCUUGCUUACAUGAACGUCACGAGUGACUCCAAGGUGGUCUUCAAGUACUUCGUCAACCUCGUUACGAUCUUCGGAUUGCUCACCUGGAUUUCGAUCCUGGUGACCCACAUCUGCUUCGUGCGGGCACGAAAGGCGCAGAACGUCCCGGUUGAGAGCUUAGCAUAUGUUGCACCUCUGGGCGUAGCAGGCUCUUAUGCUGCUCUGGCUUUCUGUAUCCUCAUUGCCUUGACAAAGAAUUACGACGUCUUCACACACAACAAGAAGUGGGGAGACUUCGAUUAUAAGAACUUCAUCACGGCCUACCUCGGCAUUCCCCUUUACCUGAUUAUGAUCACCGGAUACAAGCUUGUGACUAAGUGUAAGGGUGUUGAUCCCGCAACCGCGGACUUGUGGACUGGAAAGGACGAAAUUGACCGCGAAGAGGCCGCGUUCAUUGCGAAGAGAGACGCGGAGAUUGAGAAACAUGCUCAGUCGCACUGGUUCUACCAGAAGUUUGUCUCAUGGCUAUUCUGA